GUAAGAUCCCAUAUAAACGACGACCCACAUGACGACGGAAGCAUCGGUGCUCGCACGGCUCCCAGCGCUGGAGCGCCUUGCAGAGCUGAGAAGAAUAGAGGAUGUACAAGUUCGACGCCAGACCACGAAGGAUGUACACGCGAUUCUUAUGCGCGAGUGGAAGCAAGAUCGCCGUUGGGGUGGGAUGGGCCGACACCUCGUCGAAGACAUUCACGUGUCGUUUCGACGGGGUUUCGAGAUCCUUGUCAAGAAAGGAGAAGCGCGGAGGGAGGUGAACGUGUCAUCGUUCCGUCACCUCGACAACAACCUGCACCACCACCACAGCAUAGAAGACCAAAUGUGGUUUCCUCGCCUGAAGCAACUCCAUCCCGAGUGCCAAUCCGAGGUGGAGGUUCUUGAGAGGGAUCACCGCAAACUCAUCGAGUUGGAAUCCCAGGUGACCUCGGGGGACUAUGCCGCGCUCGUCGAAUUCGUUGACCAUCUCAUGGACCACUUGAACCGAGAAGAAAUGCUAUCUGUACCGUGGCUCCUCGACGGCACCGGUGGGUUGUAGCAUUAAGACUCCACUAUAUCCAUGCAUACCUUCCUCGCGCCA